AAUCUUUUUGCUUUUUUGUUUUGAUGGUCUAUUUGAUUGACUCAACUCAACGCAACCCAUUUCAAAGCAAAGCAAACAUAUCUGAGUUGUUUGAUUGAAGAAAGAAAGAUUCCUUCUCCUCCGCUUCCACCGAUCACUCUUCUCUCUUUCAAUUAUGGCAAAUGCGGCAUCCGGUAUGGCAGUCCAUGAUGACUGCAAGUUGAGGUUUAUGGAGCUCAAGGCAAAAAGGACACACAGGUUCAUCAUUUACAAGAUUGAGGAGAAACAGAAACAAGUCAUUGUGGAGAAGCUUGGCGAGCCUGUCCAAGGCUACGAAGAAUUUGCUGCCUGCCUUCCUGCUGAUGAGUGCCGCUAUGCGGUCUUUGAUUAUGAGUUUAUGACUGAAGGCAAUGUUCCCAAAAGCAGGAUUUUUUUCAUUGCAUGGUCUCCUGACACAUCAAGGGUUAGAAGCAAGAUGAUUUAUGCAAGCUCCAAAGAUAGAUUCAAGAGAGAGCUUGAUGGUAUUCAGAUUGAGUUGCAAGCAACUGAUCCUACUGAGAUUGGUCUUGAUGUGUUCAAAAGCCGUGCUAGCUAAACGAUCUCCAACAGUGGCUGCCUUUUCUGCUGGGGUGAGCCCCCUAAUGCUUUGUUACUUUUAUGAAAACUUCUAGUUUGUGUAAUAUGGUCUUAAUAUCUCAUGAUUUGUGAUUUAUGCCUCAUUUAUGUUGAGUGGCAUUUUAGUCCUGUGCUUAUAAGUUGAAUUUGUAACUGUUCUGUGUGAUGAAACAAAAUAUGGGGUCUGUUUCACUUCAAAAAGGCUAAUAUGUCCUUUUUCUGUAUGGAUAGGAUAGGAAAAGAAAGCGCACCUGUUACUUACAACAUUUAUUUUUUUGUUUGGUGUUAUGAUAUCCUAUUCUAUUGGUCGAUUAUUA